AUGAGCCUCCCAUAUUUGGAGGACUUGUAAAAAACGAGUACUGAAACUUCAUUGCAAAUAUUCUACUACUACACACUGCUAGGUGAUUAUCCGUGCUUCAUUGCAAUAAUAGGAGUUAUCAUGAUUUUCGAGCCAAGUAAAAUAUAAUCAAUGAAUGGCGUGACCUACCUCUGUACUACUCUUUGGUUAAUGAAUUCUAUGAAAAUGCUUUAUCAUGAAAAAAGACCAUACUUUGAUAAUGAAAUCAUAGUACCAUAUGGCUCUUGCUCUGUUGAAUAUGGCAAUCCAAGUGGGCAUUCUAUGUUUUCCUGUGGUUUAAGCAUGUUUUUAUAUUUAAAUUUUGUUUAUUCAAACUCCAAGAGAGAUUUUUACAUUAAACUCCUAAAAAGAAUAGCAAAUGAAAAAUUUACUCAGGAUGAAAUCAAGAUGUGCGUUAUCUUUUCAACAGUAUUGGUUAUAUUCGCUGUUAUUUCCUAAGUUUGGAUCUACCUCUAUAUAGAAGAUAGAUAUCCCUAUGAUUAAGCUUGGAUUGAUUUAGUGAUAAAAAAAUGCCCCAAUAUUUCUAGAACAUCACCUAUUUUUAAUGAUGUAUCAUUGCUGAACAGUUUUGUAUGCAUCAUUAACUAUACUGCCUUUUUGGGACUAUUGUACAAAAGACAUUUAUUUGGCCUAAUAACUGAGCAAAUUUAUUUCACUUCAAUCAUAAAAACUGCGCACAGAAUAUUGCUUUAUAUUAUUGCAAGUUCCCCAGCAUUGAUUCUUAACUAUUUACUGAAAUUCGAUUCAUUUAUUUUAACUUUGCUGGUGAGAUUUACAAUCAGCUUAUAUGCAGGCUUUGGAUUAUUUUUCAUUGCUUUUUAUCUACAAUAUAAACUAAGAGUGCUAAAUACUGAGGCUCAUUAGAAAUAUUAGGAACUUUCAUAGCCUUUAAUGGAUGAUAAAUUUGGCAACUAGUUGGUGGAUUUCUGA